CAUUUGACGGCGCGCGUGUAGGCACGUUUUCGGGGCCUCCUCCAUGGACUCAUGGUUAAUCUGUUAGGUUGUCGAAAGUGCGGCACGUAAAGUUGAGCACCUCGCUCUACACACGCACUACAUUAAGUAUACGCGGCGUUAUCUUGAUCCGCUCAAUUGCCGUUGUCGGGUAAUUUGAUCAAAUAAAGAUAACUCGUGCUGGCUUUCACAUGAUUUAGUUUAUUUUGAUUUAAAAGCUCACGCGGCCAGCAACAACAACAUUGUGCAACUCAAGGUUUAAAUGUGAUUUAAAAUUGUGUCAACCAGUACUCGCAAUCGCAAUCGCAGAUUGCGAGCAUUCAAAAUGAUAGAUAUGAAAGCGGCCCCAGCAUCAGUGAACCAGUGCAAAAUCCAACAACAGUCGCCGUUCAAAAUGUUUUUAUGAUAAAGCGACAAGCAGCAACUAGCAACCUGCAACUAGCAACACAUCAACUGGCAACCAGCAACUGGCAACCAGCAACACAGCUACAGCAGCCACACGAAUUUCCCACAGAGAGGCCCUCCUCUCCACUCAACCUUUCCAAUGGCGGACAACAAAGACGCCAGCCAGGUGCUAAGCACCACACCCGACCAGGUGGUGCUCAAGCGUGCCCCGCCCACCGGCCUAACGCCCUUGAGGCACAGCCAACUCUCUGACAGCGGAGCGGAGAGCUGCUACGAGGGCGACGAGCAGGCACGGCUCAUCCGGUCGUCCUCGUCGCGGGCGCACAAGUUCAUCAUUAUACCGGCCACGCCAGGCACACCGCCGGGAAGUGGUGCGGUAGCCGGACCACUUCCCUUCCGCCAAACCAGCUCCACCACCUCGCUGGCGGCCAUGGCGGCUGCUCUGCACAAACAGCCGCCACUGCGCCAGACAUCGGUCCGCACCAGACCCAAUUCGGAGGUAUUGCAACCAGGUCAGGUGGUGCAGGCCCAUCAGCCGACGGCAGCAGGAUCCACCUCCACGGUCACCUUCACCAUUGACGAUUGCGAUGAACAAGCGGCUGCGAUUCCUGAGCCGUCUUCAGCUCCAGUUGCCGUGACCAUGCCCGCCAUCUCACCCACGCCCGCCACCCUGACCUGCACCACCACGACCACCAUGGCCGGGGAUUCGGUGGCCGUCUCGCCGCUCAGCAUGGAGCUGAAAUCGCGCUUAGGCAGCCACCACAGCAGUAUGCGCUCCGUGGUCUCAGGUUAUCUUCCGGGCCUGAGCGACAGUAGCGGCAAUCUGGUUGGCGGCGUAUCGAUGGCCACUUCCGGAUUACAGGCCCCCAAUCCGCUCUACAUGCAACCACAGGCCUCGCUGAGCGGCAGUUCCUAUCAUUUCCACGACCUGGCCGGCAACCAGAUCUACUCCGAUGUGACCUCCGUUCGCUCGCUGGCCUCCAUUGGCAUUGGGUCGACGGAUGGACGCAAGCUGGUCAUCCGACGAGUGCCCACCACCGCUAACGAGCUCUUUGACAUGGUCAAUCCGCAGACGCCGCCACCCUUGGGGGUCGAUGACGACGACAGCUACUUGGACAUGUCCGAUGAGACGGCGCACCUGAAGCCGCGCCAGCAGCACUGGGCCAACAAGAUGCAGUUCGUCCUGGCCUGCAUUGGAUACUCGGUGGGUCUGGGCAACGUCUGGCGAUUUCCCUACAUGUGCUACAAGAGUGGCGGUGGUGUUUUUCUAGUACCUUAUUGCAUAAUACUGUUCAUAUGCAGCAUUCCGCUGCUCUUCAUGGAGCUGUCCGUUGGCCAAUACACCGGUCGAGGACCCAUUGGGGCACUGGGUCAACUGUGUCCUCUGUUUAAGGGAGCCGGACUCGCCAGCGUGGUCGUCUCGUUCCUCAUGUCCACCUACUAUAGUGUCAUCAUAGGCUACUCCAUCUACUACUUCUUCACGUCGUUUAAAACAGAGAUGCCCUGGAUCGACUGCAACAACAGGUGGAACACGCCGGAUUGCUGGGUGCCGCAGCGCAAGGGGAUAAAUGCCAGUGCACCGGACACAUCUCGCACUCCUUCCGAGGAAUUCUUCGAAAACAAGGUCCUGCAGAUCAGCGGUGGCCUCGAGUAUCCGGGCAUGAUGCGCUGGGAGCUGUUCGCCUGCCUUAUCUGCGCCUGGCUGAUGGUCUACUUCGCCACGUGGAAGUCGAUCAAGUCGUCGGCGAAGGUGCGCUACUUCACGGCCACCUUCCCCUUCGUGCUGAUCAUCAUCCUGAUGGCGCGAGCGGUGACCCUGGACGGAGCUGCGGAGGGUCUGCGCUUCUUCUUCCGACCCAAGUGGUCGGAGCUGAAGAACGCCAAUGUGUGGAUCAACGCCGCCUCUCAGAACUUCAACUCGCUGGGCAUCACCUUUGGAUCCAUGAUCUCCUUUGCCAGCUACAACAAGUACAACAACAAUAUCCUGCGAGAUACUGUGGCAGUGAGUGCGGUUAAUAUGAUCACCAGUCUCCUGGUGGGCAUCUUUGCUUUCUCUACGCUGGGCAACCUGGCGCUGGAGCAGAAUACCAAUGUGAGAGACGUCAUCGGUGAUGGACCGGGCAUGAUAUUCGUGGUGUAUCCCCAGGCGAUGGCUAAGAUGCCGUACGCCCAGCUCUGGGCGGUCAUGUUCUUCUUUAUGCUGCUCUGCCUCGGUCUGAACUCGCAGUUUGCCAUCGUGGAGGUGGUGGUCACCUCCAUACAGGAUGGAUUUCCGCGCUGGAUCAAACGACACCUGGGCUAUCACGAAAUCGUGGUCUUGUUCGUGUGUGUCAUCUCAUGCCUGUUUGGAAUGCCCAAUAUCAUACAGGGUGGCAUCUACUACUUCCAGCUAAUGGAUCACUACGCCGCCUCCGUGACAAUCAUGUUCCUGGCCUUCUGUCAAAUGAUCGCCAUUGCCUGGUUCUACGGCACGGGAAGACUGUCGAAGAACGUCAAGCAAAUGACCGGAAAGGCGCCAUCCUUCUAUUUCAGAUCCUGCUGGCUGGUUCUGGGACCGUGCCUCCUCUUUGCCAUCUGGGUGUUGAGUCUGAUCAACUACCACGAGCCCACCUACCACAAUGGACGCUAUACCUAUCCAGACUGGGCCUAUGGAAUAGGCUGGAUGUUCGCCUCCUUCUCGCUGAUCUGCAUACCAGGAUAUGCGGUUAUCAACUUCCUGCGGUCCAGUGGAGACACCUUUUGGGAACGCAUCCGGAACACGCUGAGACCAAACAUCUACGAGUGCAAAAUCUGCGGCGAACAUCACUGCGAACACGACUUUCCGGAGCAGGAGCAGUUUAUGCUGACCCAGGAACUGGCCACCGUAUACAAGCCCGCGAACCCACACUUGCUCCAUCUCGGCCAGAAGUAUGGGUACAACGCCAUGCAGGCCUCAGCCGCACAUGCGGAGGCAGGAGCACCAAGUGGCCAGUAACUGUUAGGAACCUCUCCCAACAAUAGCCAUUUCCGAGUAUUUUUAACGAAUCACUUUUGUAAGUUAACUGCAGAAAGUAAAGUAUUUAAAUAAAUUGUAGAACGAGACUACUGGAUUAAGGAGGUUA